CUCGCCUCGCCAUUCCAACGCCCAUCUCAUUCGUAUCCUCACUCUUCACCACCUGCCACCAAGAUCCAGAAUUCCAUAUCCUGAAGCGAUGAUUAACUUCAGCCCCACCGUUUUCCAGAUGAUCGAGCAUUCUAGACUGGAAUUUUGGAAACGGAAUGCCGACCUUACCGAAAACGAGCGACUGGAGCAUUGGAUGCGCUCUGGUAGCAAUCACCUGACGUGCAAUGUCCAGCCUGCGUCUCCCUGCCAGGGUCCUCGAACCAUGUCGUAUGGUGCACCUACCAUUACCCACACUCCAACCUCAGACCCGAACCCCAUGGACCGCACACACUCAGCUCCUGCUGCAGUACCUAUGAACCGCUCGGCUUCGUCACUCUCCUUUAGCAAUAUCGUCAACAGCAAUGGGCUUGGUCAGCGAUCCAUCUCCGCCAUGUCGGCUUCUUCCCCGCUUGCUGGCCAUCAGGUGAGCGAAUACUCACUGUACUCGGAGUCUCUGUCAACCCGGAGCCGGCCCUCCCUCCAGACCAUCGAUGAGAUAUCAACCUUUGGCAACAAUGGCGUAGUCGAAUACGACCCUACCGAUUACAUCAACUACCUUGAGUCGUCAACCUCCCCCUCCUUUCCCUCUCAGCAAGACCUCAGCCGACAACUUGUCGAGCAACUGACACAAAAUCCACUGUGGAGUCCGUCGUCGGACGGCUCUGCUUCCCCAAGCACAGUCUCGACAGCUACUCUGAUGACUCCAGCUACUCGCUCGAGUAGCACUAUGAGUUAUCAGAAUAGUUUUAACAACCAACUUGUUUGUGACCUUUCAAUGAUGCGUGUUAGUUCUGAUUGUUCAAGUGUGUACCCUGUGCUCACUGAGGAUACCUUUCUUAAUUCUUUUGCUUCUGAUGUUGACACGAGAAAUAUCACUUCCGAUAUUGAUCCUUCUCCUUUUCCUAAUUUCACUGGACCUUCCAGUGAAACUGUUUCCCCCCCUGCACAUGUUUCUUCAAGUGUUUCGACACUUACUUCCUUUAAGAAUCAGUCGUGCCUGGCGGAAGAUAUGCGGAGGUCGACUUCAUACGAGAGCGAGAGCGAUUCGAGCAGCGCUUCAGCGUCGUCCACUAGCUCCCGACACUCACAACGAAACCGAGAGGUCAUCACACAAGCCUCUCGCCCGAUUGCUCCAAAGGCAAUCGAAAACGAUGAGACUCGCUCACCAUCAUCCAAUGUUCAGAUGAAGCAGAUGCGGUCUGCAGAUGGUUCGUCGAAAGACGUUGCUCUUAUUACUAAAGCUCCCUACUCUCGACCUAAGCACGAAAAGGUCAAAUGCCCACAUUGCGACGAAAAUGCGAACGGCUUCCGUGGCCCCCACGAGCUCGACAGGCACAAGGCACGCGCGCAUGCUCAAAUCCGGAAAGGCUUCAUAUGCUAUGAUUCGUCGCCAGACAAGAAAUUCCUCGCGAACUGCAAGCACUGUCGCAACCAGAAAAUUUACGGUGCGUACUACAAUGCUGCCGCACAUUUGCGACGCUUCCACUUUCACCCUAAGAAACAGGGACGGAAGGGCAAGCACGAUGAGAGACGAGGUGGUAGCGGCGGAGGUAACGAUCCUCCGAUGGACUAUUUGAAGCAACAUUGGAUUCAUGAAGUCGACGUGCGAAACGAGCCCAAACAAUCGAAAAAGCGAGCCGUUCAACAACGUGACUCGGACAACAUCGAUUCGAAUGUGACUGUUGCUAAUUCAUUGGGCGUCAACACGUACGAUGCCUCGUAUCCAUCAAAUGCUUCGCAGCCCAUCGACUUACCGAACAUGAAUAUGAGCAUGGUCGAGUACAAUACCUUUGCGGAUUGUAGUUUGUACAUGAACUCUAACGACAACUCGUACAAUCCAUCAGCACAGCUUGCUGCUUACAACGACAAGAGGUGUUCAUCGACAUCAGAUUUCAAUGACUUCCAAUUCGACGCUGAAAAUUUCAAUAACUAUAUGGCCGAUUGAGGGCAACUUUUUGUUCGUCCCUUCUUGUAUUUAAUAAAGUAUUGGCGCAACGGUGUCUAGAUGAUUGGGGACACCAAUCAUCGGCGGGGAGACGGGUUCGCAUCAACGGAGUUAGUUGAUGCAUCUUUCGAGGGUUGGGGUUUUGGGAUAUUAUGACUGAUGAGUGCCGCUCACGAAGUUCUGGCGUUAGUGUUUGGUCCUUGUCUAUUUCACUUCGUUGGCUGUUUCUGUUCGUUACGGUACCAUUAGGAGAUGAUGGUGUUUGUUCAUUUCUCUUCGCAAUUUGCGGUUCAGAAUAGCUUGUAUUUAGUAUUAGUAGGUAAGGUUCUCU